AUGACUCGCCCUGGAACAAAAUUCCGCCAUUUUCGCAUGACGAAACCAUCUGAGCCUGAACGGUGGAGGUAUGCAUCACCUGAGAGUCCUAAUACAACAUCUUUGUCAAGCCAGUCGCAUACAUCCGAGGUCACUCAAGGGAAGACCAAUGAAGGGCAACCUGAGAAAAUCGGGGUUCCUGGAUUUGUAUCGAUAUCUCCUAAAAACUCGCUUGGAACAGAUACUGGCUCAGUAGACCCAUCUACAUCUAGGGUCACCUUAGCAACCUACUACCUCAUGGGCCUAUAUGCGUCUUAUUCACACUACAAGGAUCUCAUCUUCAACUACCUUGACCGCAGCCGAUCUUUUGUCAUCCCCCGGCCACUGUUAUUCGAGCUGUUCUCGACAUUGUAUGAUGAUAUGAAAGUAGAGGUUGAUCUUCACUCUCGCUUAACCCAGAACACACGCAGGCCCCUUCCCCCCAUAUCGGCAAGUACCACUGUAGAGGAAUUUUGUGGGUGGUUUAGAGGGGCCAAUAUUCGAUGGGAACUUCUUGGGGUUGUUUUCGCCCUUGCGGGUCUCGCUUCAGUUCAUACUGCUGAGCCAGAGAAACCACUAAGCUAUGAAUCUUUUGCUACAGAUAUGUACACAGCCAGCAGAUCGACCUCUUACAGUCUGGCAACAGGCAGUGUCCUAUAUCGUUGCUUCAGCUCAUUAACUGCGGAGCUGUUCGCUUUGAGAUAUCAUCGCCAGAUAUCAUUACAGUCUGGAGUGCCUUUCUUCAUGUCGGAAACCCGCAAGAGGCUCUUUGCUGCUGCAGUUUGUCGAGAUAUGAACCUUGCAACGCUCCUUGAAAGACCACCAUUCAUUGACUGUAAUUUCUGUGAUAUGACAUAUCCACUCGAUCUGGAUGAAGAAGAGGUAGUGCUGGUUGGGAGUGAGCUUAAUGCAGCUCUACAACAUUUGGACGAAAACGGUUGGAAGGUCUCAUCCGAGAGGGAAAAGCUACUUCGACCAGCAACAGGAAUACGAAUUCGUUUUUUAUUAUCAAUCCUUCGAGCCAAGGUGCUGCGACUAUCACUAGGCAACCGGAUGGAAUCCAUGACCAAGAAGUACUCGUCAUGUGUUGUGCUCUUGAGUGCUCAUCUAGAUCAUCUUCAUUGUGGCUUUCAGAUUCUACGAAUGCUCCAACAGGAGGGCCAAGACACACUCACAACCAUUCUCGAUACUUCAAUGGGAUUGCUUUCAGGUAUGCUUGACUUGAUGAAGCAGCAAGAGCGAUUCGUUGAGCUGCGAGAGAGGUUUACAUGGAUCUUUCUGUUCUAUGGUCUUCCUGGCGCCGGUACUCUUGCCACAGAACUUCAUCAGCACACGCUCAAGGGGCUCCCUCUGCCUUCCUCUAUCCCUUGUUCCCGUAUAGUUCGUGACUUGAGUGUUGCAAUCUCGUGGGUGGAGAAACAGAACUUACCAAACCGCUCGGAUUACCAGCUAUGCCUCCAAAUCAACAAGGUGAUCAGUCGACUGUUAGAUGAUACCCUGAAUCAGGGUCUAACCUCGGCGAAAAAUACUAAUAGUCAUUUGGAGAAAGUACAACAAGAGCAGCAGGUACCAGAAGGUUUUCACAUGGAUGAAUCUUCGGAUGCUUCGGAUAAAUUACAGCCAUUGCCUGAACCCUUUACUAGCGAGGAAUUUCUCAGUUGGAUUGACGACCUGUAUGGGAUUUUGAGUAUGAUAUCUCUUUGA